GCCGAAGAUGGAGGUGCCCACGGACCAGCCGCGGUGGGUGAGCCACCACCACCCGGCCGUGCUCAAUGGGCAGCACCCGGACUCGCAUCACCCCACGCUUGGCCAUACCUACAUGGACCCCACGCAGUAUCCUCUCGCCGAGGAAGUGGAUGUACUUUUUAAUAUCGACGGACAAGGCAAUCCCGUCCCUCCAUAUUACGGCAACUCCGUGAGAGCCACCGUGCAGAGAUACCCCACGGCCCACCACGGGAGCCAGGUGUGCCGCCCCCCGCUGCUGCACGGCUCGCUGCCCUGGCUGGAUGGGAGCAAGGCGCUGAGCAGCCACCACAGCGCUUCCCCUUGGAACCUCAGCCCCUUCUCCAAGACCUCCAUCCAUCACAGCUCACCGGGACCCCUUUCCGUCUACCCACCCGCCUCCUCUUCCACUUUAUCCGCCGGCCACUCCAGCCCGCACCUUUUCACGUUCCCGCCGACCCCUCCUAAAGAUGUGUCCCCGGAUCCGUCCAUCUCCACCCCCGGCUCCACCGGCUCCACCCGGCAGGACGAGAAGGAAUGCAUCAAAUACCAGGUGUCCCUGGCAGAUACCAUGAAGCUGGAGUCCUCUCACUCUCGGAGCAGCAUGGGCUCUUUAGGAGGAGCCACCUCCUCUGCUCAUCACCCCAUCACUACCUACCCACCGUAUGUCCCAGAAUAUGGCUCUGGACUUUUUCCCCCCAGUAGCCUCUUAGGAGGAUCACCAACCGGGUUCGGGUGUAAAUCGCGACCGAAAGCACGGUCAAGCACAGGUAGGGCUUUUGGCUUCUUCAUCCCCGUUGCUCGGGAGAGGAAGCUAUGGGGGAAAGUGGCCGGGGCAAGGGGAUGUGCCCGUGCCCCUCGCUCUGCUCUGUACGCAGAGAUGCACAAGAGCAUCCGAGGGAUGCGCAGCGGGGGCUGA